AUGCAGCAGGAGCUGUGGCUGAGGGCCAAAUCUCAGGUGCUCUCUUCCCUGAAACCUGUGUGUGCCAUGCGGGCCGCUGCCUCUCAGUCUCUCCCCGUACGGUCCUCCGAGCAUGACCCGCAGACUGCAGCGUCGAACAGUCAUGUCCUUACACAACCUCACUCCCCCAACUCAGUACGUCCAUCGCACGUCAGGACAAGAGCAUCCAACAAGACGCUUGCCUUUAAUAACGGAACUGCUUACCUCCAUGGUCACAACAGAGAACAUGUCAUUAAACAUGAUGUCAGCAACAGCACCUUACCAGAGAAAGCACACAAUCCCAUAAAGGCAUCUCGAAGCCACCAGGAACUUCAUAAAGAACUUCUUUUGGCUCAUAAAAAGGGACUGGUGAUGUGCUGUAAGCCAGAACUGCAGGUGGUUCUGGAGAGGCGUAAGAGAGAGCAAACGGAGAGAGAGGAAGGAGAGCAGAACAGGAGUCCCCUGGAGCAGGUUUUCCUCAAACGCCAGCAGAAGAACCAGGAGAAGGAAAAGGAGCACGAGGAGAAAGUUCGCGAGGAGGCUCAGCUCCUGGAAUUUGUGCGUGUCAGACAGAACCUGAAGAAAGUCCACUCGGCUCUGCACAAGAAUGCAAACUCAUGA